CCCGAGCGCCGCUCAGCUGAGGCGGGCGCCAUGGCGGUGCGGCUGCUGCUGGCCCGGGCCCUGCGCCUGCUGCCGCGCUGCCGCCCGCCCCGCGGGCCCCGGCCCGAGCCCCCGCCCCAGCCCCCGCCCCAGCUCCGGCCCCGGCUCGCCCCGCCGUGGCGGCCCUGGCUGGCCUGGCUGCCGGCCGCCCGCCGCCUCCUGCGCGGCCCGUGCGGCGGGCUGGCGGCGGUGGCGCGGCGGGGCCGCGGCGGGGCCUGCCUGGCGCUGGCCGUGGCGCUGGGGCUGGCCGAGCCGCGCCUGGAGGAGCAGCGACGGGCCGAGGCGGCGUGCCGCCACAUCCAGACCGUGUUUGUUGGAAAGAACAAGCCGCAGAAAAAUCCCCUGAGCUCCUUCCGCUGGCAGGGCUUCAAGCUGGAAGAAUAUCUCAUCGGCCAACCCAUCGGGAAGGGCUGCAGCGCUGCGGUGUACGAAGCAGCUAUCCCUUUCUCGUGUGAUCGUCAGGGCCGUGCGGAGAGCAGCCGUCUUGCCGGGCCGGGGCUGGCUGUGCAGUGCCAUCGUGGCUCACCUUCGCAGGCGGCUGGAGAGGAGCCUGUAGAGAAAUGCCAGCCAAAAGGGGCUUUUCCAUUAGCUAUCAAAAUGAUGUGGAAUAUUUCGGCUGGUUCAUCAAGUGAAGCCAUCCUCGAUGCGAUGGGCCGAGAGCUUGUUCCAGCCACGGGGGUUGCCUUAGCUGGGGAAUAUGGAGCUGUCCCUGGCCGCAGAAAACCCAUCCCUGGGAGGAAGAAGUUGCAACCUCAUCCGAAUAUAAUCCAGGUGAUCCGAGCGUUCACAUCCUCUGUCCCUUUGCUGCCUGGAGCCUUCGCAGACUAUCCUGAUGUUCUUCCAUUAAGCCUGAAUCCCAGAGGGAUCGGUCAUAGCCGCACGCUCUUCUUGGUGAUGAAGAAUUACCCGUGCACGCUGCGCCAGUACCUGAGGGAGAGCAGUCCAGAUGUUUGUCUCUCCACGAUGAUGAUUUUACAGCUCUUGGAAGGUGUGGACCAUCUUGUGCGACACGGAAUAGCACACCGAGACCUGAAGUCUGACAACAUCCUGGUUGAAUUUGAUUCCGCUGGCUGCCCCUGGCUGGUGAUCACGGACUUCGGUUGCUGUUUGGCAGAUGAAACCAUCGGCUUGAGACUGCCUUUCACCAGCUCUUAUGUGGAUCGGGGUGGCAACGGCUGUCUUAUGGCACCUGAGGUGAUCACAGCAUCACCGGGUCCAGGCACGGUCAUCAACUACAGUAAAGCCGAUGCUUGGGCUGUUGGAGCAAUCGCCUAUGAAAUCCUUGGCUUGCCCAAUCCUUUCUACGGCCACGGGGAAUCGGCUCUGGAGAGCAGAAGUUACCGUGAAGACCAGCUGCCAAGCCUGCCCAAUCAUGUGCCCCUUGAGGUGAAGCAAGUGAUAAAGAUGCUACUUCGGAGGGAUCCCAACAAGAGAUUGUCUGCUCGAGUUGCUGCUAACGUGCUUCACCUGAGCCUCUGGGGUGGCAGUGUCCUAGCAUCCACGACCCUGAAGGCCGACCAGAUGAUCACCUGGCUUCUCUGCCAGUCUGCGGCCGCUCUGCUCACAGAAGGACUGGUGGACAAUAGGCGGGUAGAAACCAAAAUGAAGAUGUGCUUUUUGGCAAACCUUGAGUAUGAAGACCUUUGGGCAGCAAUAUUCCUGUUGCUGGCCUGGAGAAGCCGCUCUGGGUGAAGAGUCCCAUCUGAGACUCGGCCACGCUACAGAUAAAUGGCACUUUCUAAAGGCACGUGGGAGUCUGUCUUUUCUGUCUGCCUGGAGUCCUGUAGUGCUUUAGGGAACAAAAGUGCAGGCCUGCGUUUAAGAGGUCGAGUUUAUCUCUAGCAAGCAUUAGUACACGCUGCUUUUCUCUCCCUGCUAGAGGAACUGCCCUUGCUUCUCAGUCUCUCAGUGUGAGGGCGUGCGGACUGUGCAGGUGUCCUGAGGUACGUGGUUGGUUUUGCUUGCAUUCGGGAGCUCUUAAGUGAUUCUCAAUCGUGUGUUGACCAAAGCGAUUUCCCUUUCAGAAGAGGGGGCGUGUGGGAGGAGGCACUGUCGGGCUGCUCGUUAAACGGAAGCAUCAUGGGUUUCAGCACUACACUGAGAAAGCCGAGCUGACAAAGGGACGCACGAUCUUUCUUUUCUUAGGAAGACCAGCGAUGGUCUUGAGAUGGUAAUCCUCUGCAGCCACAGGGUCUUGCUAUAAAAUUACAGCCUAAAAGCCUCCUCAGCGAGGUGCUGCCUGGUGACGUCAGCGUCAGGAGCCGCUUGCUUCUUACGGCAACGCACCAUUCAAUACCUCACCAGUUGCAUGCGAAAUAGCAGAAAUACAUUGAACUCAGAACCCACUUACAUGGGUUUCCUGAUUGUGGUCGUGUGGUGACUGCUGCCGCGGGGUCCAAGGCUGAGUCAAACCAGUUAGGGAUAAUAGUGCAAAUGAAAGGGCGCUGAGCAGCAGUGCCUGCUUAAAGAGUUUAGUGUGAUGCUCUGCUCUCUUAACGACCUUUUAUUUUUCUCUGUUGAAGUAAUACCCUUUGGUUGGGCAGGGCAGGAGACAGAUGUUUGAACAACAGCAGUGGUGUUUAUGAAAACAACAUUUGAAUGCAUAGUCCUGUUUAUGAAAACAACAUUCGAUUUGUAGUUGUGUUUAUGAAAACAACAUUUGAUUUCAGUCGUGUUUAUGAAAACAACAUUCGAUUUCAUGUCUAUUGCAGUAUUCAGAGGAAAUGGGGAGAAUGUUAUGUAUGCUUGUUGCACAAUAAAUUGAAGAUGAAGCUCU